AUGUCAUCGACCAAGAGCAAGAUCUGCUUGGCCACCUUCACGGUCAUCUGCGGCGUCGUCCUGCUCGUCGGACUGCUGGGACACAUCUACUUCCCGACCAUCAUGCGCGGCAAGGUGGCUGAGGGCAAACGCGUGCUUGCUGCUGUGAAAGACUUCAUGGCGAGGAAGAAGUGCAAUGUCGGCACCUGCAACCCUGCUGUGACACCGUCAAAAGCGCCCAAAACACCAAAGGAACCUAAGGAACCUGUUACGACUGACAAAGAGCCAAAACGGAGAAAACGAGAGCUGCAGGACCAGUCACAUCGGGCCUCCAAACGAACUUCUUCUGAGAGCAGCAGUACAGGCUCGGCACCCAUGAAAAGAAACAAAGCAGCCGCAACUGAGAAGGCUCCCUCGGUGGCAGCUGCGACACCAAAUAACAAUGCGGCUGGCCUCAACAGUGUGUCCAAUGCCACUUCAUCGUCUAAGUCCAGCUCUAACCUCCUGAGGCAGUCUUACGUCACAAGGCCCGUGACACCACCCCUGGAUGUGGAGAGGAUAUCGGAUGUCUUGCGGUCAAAACAUGUCAGCCCAUCAAACCUCAAGUUUGGGUUUCUGGGUUUGGGCAACAUGGGCCAAGGCAUGGUCAAGAACCUCAUCAACUCGGGUCACCACAUCACCGUAUGGAACAGGACACCUUCCAAGUGUCGAGACUUUGUAAAAGCGGGUGCAUACAAGGGAUUAACCCCUGCCGAUGUCGUCGCAGCAUCUGACAUCACGUUUUGCUGUGUAUCGAAUUCUCAUGCAGCCAAGGAGAUGGUGUUCGGAAAUUGUGGUGUUUUGCAUGAGAUUAAAGACAACAAGGGCUAUGUAGAGAUGACGUCCAUAGACCCUGACACAUCGCAGGACAUAUCAGAGGCUAUCAUGCUCAGAGGUGGGCGGUACCUAGAAGCACCAGUUUCAGGCUCAAAAAAGCCUGCCGAGGAUGGUACCCUCAUCAUCCUGGCUGCAGGUGACCGAUCACUUUUCAACGACUGUGCCAGCUGCUUUGAGGCUAUUGGCAGGCAUGCGUUCUACUUGGGGGAGGUGGGCAAUGGCUCCAAGAUGAGCCUCAUCCUCAACAUGCUGCUGGGGACAACAUUAGCGGGUCUUGCAGAAGCCAUGGCUCUGUGCGAUCGGGCUGAGCUGUCCCAGAAGGAUCUAUUGGAGAUACUUGAACUGGGUGACCUCAACUCGGCAGUCAUCAGUCAAAAAGGCCAAGCCAUUAUUGAAGGCACCUUCGCAACCAACAUGCCCCUACAGCACCUUCAAAAGGACCUCUGUCUUGCCAUUGGCAUUGGUGACCAGUUGGAACAGCCUUUACCAGUCACAGCGGCAGCAAAUGAGGUGAGAGUGGAUGGAAUCAACAUCCACUCCUACAUCCCAGUGGGCUCCAACGUCAUCACCGGCGUCAUCUACGACGUUGACGCUGCCAUUCCCAGCUCCGAUUUGUAUGGCCUGGUCAAGCCAGCUAGGGAAGCUAUUAUCGCCAAGGUUGCUCGUAACCAGGCCCGUGCUGCUUCCGGGAGCAGUUCCAACUCAGUCCCCGAACCUCCCUGCCUAUUGCUCAAAGAGGCUACCACCGGAGAGAAAGCGUCCUACAAGGACUGA